AUGAUUUAUUUGUCUUCUUACAAUAAAACUUUAGAAUUCUAAAGUAUUUUAGAAGAUAAGCAAAAGGCCAUCAUAAAAUCAGAAGAUGUUUAUUAAAGAAUAUUGAAAGAUUUUUUUAACUUAUUGACGUGUCAAGAUAAGGAAAUUUUAAUCAAUUAAUUAUUGGCUAUCUAUCCUUAGAAUGAAUUUUAUUAAUAAAUGAAAAAGUAAAUAAAAGAUGAAAAUCCUUAAAUGGGAGUGUUAGAACUUUUAUUAAGUAUCUUUUCUGACAAUCAUUCUAAAGUCAAUCAAGAAAACUAUGAAUUUAAUGAUAAACUCUAAGAGAUGAUUAUAGAAUAAAAUUGGAUAAAUUUAUAAGAAAUUUUGAAUCCUAAAUUUAUGUAAUACAAUUUGGGUCCGAAUUUGAUUAAAAAAUUGAGGGAGCAUAAUUUUAAAAUUAUCGAUUUAAUCCAUUAAUGUUAAGAUGACCACUUCCAAUUAAAUUCUAUUAUGUUAAUAAAUUUGUUAUUCUUUAUUUAUUUACCUGAAAAUAUUGGAAUUACCUAAGAAGAAAAAAUUCUAAUAUAUUAAUUUUUGACUGAAAUUUUGGGUUAGGUUUGGCUGCAAUUUGAAUAUUAUAUUUCUUCUUUCUAGGACAAUAAAAUAAAAAGAUUGUUUUUAAAUUUAUCUGGAGAUUUUACAAAACUCAAAUCCAAAUUAGAUGAAAGCAUAAAUUAAAUCUUAUAAGUAGAUAUUGACUCAAAUUCAUUUGAAAUAUUGUAAGAUUUGAUAUUAGAAAGAUUGCCAAUAGACCUUUAGUUAUAAGAAAUUUUUUAUUUGGCAUGCAUUUAUGUAUUUUAUAUAGGUUUAUCACAAACACCACAAAUUUUAAAUUAAAAGUUGUAAAAACUUAAUAAAUUUUUAGAAGCAAAAUAAUUACAAAGACCUUUAAUUGCUCCAGAGUUAACAUUGGCUAUAGCCAAAUUUUAAGAAGAACAAAUGAAUUUUUUAGGUAGAUUUUCUAAAUUCAAAAUCAAUAAUUAUAAUAGCAUUUUUUAUCAUCUAUUUCAUUCCAAUUUACUCUAUCUAAACAAAAAACAGCAUAUCGUAAAUCUGAGUUUUUAAUACUACUGUCAGUUUUCUAAAGUAUUGAACUUGCUUUGCUAUAUAGAGGAAAAGGAUAAGCGUAAGAUAGCCAGUCUUAUGAGUCAAUUAAUAAAAAUGUAAUAAAUAGAAGAAAUUAUAAUCGAAUUAAAAAAACAUGUAGAUGCAUUUCCUAAUAAUGGAUUAAUUAUUCUUUUUAGAAUUACCUAAGAGAUUUUAAAUUUUGAGUUUGAUCUCUAUUUAAUACUCAAAUAAUAUAUUUAUAAUCCUAUUCGGAGUUCUCAGAUUCAAUUUAUCAUCAAACUCUAUUAUUCAUAAAGUUAAUCUUAUUAAGACUUUGAUUAAUUAUUAACAUAGGCAAUUAAUUUAGAAUGGGAUUUAAUCAAAAAUAAUCCAAUUAAAUAUAUGAUGGUUGAUAAUAUUUUAUAACAUUAUUUAUAAAAUUGUAUUUCCAUCUGCACAUGUCCUUUUCAAAUUUUGCGUAAGAUUUAUGAAGGGAUGUUAGAUCCAACAAAAAAAACCCCUUUAGUAAUAACUUACUAAUAAUUAUUAAAUUUGUUUGAUGAUGAUGAAGUUCAUAAAUUUACCAUUUUGAAUUAAUAAUAAUAAAUCACCUCAGAAGAUUAUGUAUUCUCCUUUAAAAUUUUAUUGUAAUUAUAUAGGUGUUUUCAAACAGCUUUAGAGAAGAAAUUGUUUAUGAUUUCUUUAGAUAAAAUUAUAUUAUUGAAAAAUAUGUAUUGCAUUGAAAAUUUAAUACAAAUUUCUAAUGAAUAAUAUGAAGUUGAAUUCAUUACUAUAAUCAUUUAGAUGAUGUAUGAGUGGAAAUAAAAUAACAUAUCUAAGCUUUCAAGAUUAGCAGAGGAAUUAUACAUCAAGGAUAGUAAUAUAUAUGAGAGAUUUUUAUCAAAAUUUAACUUUUUUUAAAAAAACUAAUUGAAACCAGAGUCUAUUCUAAAACAAACUAAAUAUAAUAUUUAUCCAAAUAAUCUUAACAUUACAUUAGAAGAAUUUAACAUAUCACUCAUUCUUUUAAGUUAGUAAUAGUAAUUAGUAUUGGUUCAAAAUUGGAUAAAUGAUGUCAAAGAUUCUAAAACUUUUCGAUAACUUAUUCCUUUCUUCUUCAACAUAAUUAAAAGAGGAGAAUCUUCAACUUAAUUUCUCUCUCUAAUAAAUAGGGAAAUUAAAAAAAAUGUUACUUAAUUCAAAAAAUAUGGACAUUUUAAUUAAAAAGCAUUAUUCCAAAUAUUUUACCUUAAUUCUAAUAUAGAACUAUAAGUGAUUUUAUUAAAGUUAAUGAGUAAAUAAUAUCCAAUACCAUUAUUGUAUAGAGCCCCAUUCGAUAAUUAAUGGACUGAUGAUAAAGUAAUAUUUAAUGUUAAUACUAUUUAUGUUCAUUAAGAAAGCUUUUCGAUUAUUAAUUUUAGCUUAGAAGAAAAUCAAUCUAGAAUAGGAAAAACUGAAUUAAUAAAUAAAAUAUUUUACAAACAAGCUAAAUUUGAAAUAUUAGAUAAUAAUAGAUUGAACUCUUCGACAAUUGAUAUCAUGUAUGAUUUUGAGUUCAAUGAUACUCGACGUUUAUCAAUUGCUGAUGCUCAUGGUUUUAUUCCAUUAUCAAAGUUAGAUAGUAUAUUACCACUAUUUAAUAUGUGGAUAAUUUAAUUAGAUGGAGAAAAAUAAAUUGAAAAUACAAUUCAAAAAUUGAAUUAGUUAAGAUCGUUUAAAAAUAAAGAUAAAGUUGUUUGUUUUUUAAUAAGAAAUUAGAGCAUGAAUUUAUCAAACAGUUCAAUUAAUGAAAUUAACGAUUUAUAAAUAGAAUAUCAUUCAGUUUGUGAUCUAUCAGAUAAAAAUCUUAAUCAACAAAUGAUAGAUGAGGAAAUUGAAUAAGUUUCGCAUUUUCUACUUUCUAGAAUUGAUAAAAACAAUAAGUCAAAGCAUAAAACUUAGAAUGAAUAUAUUUAAUUAAUUAAAAAUGAAUGCAAUGAAGAAUAAUUCAAAGGGAUUUUAGAUAGUUUAAAUCUUUUUUAAACAAUUGAAUAAGAACUUGAAGUUUUAAUAUAAAAAGAAGACGGGUUUUAUCAUUAGAAUGCAUUUCCUAUAAGAAGUAUUGAUUGGAAAAUUAAAUAAAAAAAAGAAUCAUUUUAGCUUAUUUAAUAAGAUAAAGAAUGUUAAAAUAAUUAAUAAGAAAUUAAAAGCAGUAUCUAAGAAUUAGAAAAUUAAAAAAAUAAACAAUAACCAACCUAAUUGAUUAAUUUGUUCUGUAAAAUGUUACAAUAAAGUAAUUACUAUCUAUUGUAUCUUUAAUUUGUAGAGAAAAUUAGAAAUUUUAAUGAUCAUCAUAACUAUAAGCUUCAGGAAUAAAAUUAAUGUAUUAAUGAUUCAAUAUAAAGAUUAAAAAAGGAAAAAGAAGCUCUUAGGCUUAAUGAAUAAAAUAAAUAAAUAUCACCUGAAUUAAUGGAAUAAAGGAGUUAAAAACAAAAAGAAAUAUAAUAAUUAAUUAAUGAAUUGAGAACUAAUUAAGAAAUUAUCUCAAAAAGAAAUAUUGGAAUAGAGUUAUUUUGGAGAGAAAUUAUAUCUUAAAAAAAAUUAUGCAAUGAUUCUAAAAUUGAUAUUGAUCCAGCAAAGAUCGUGAAAGAAAUGAUCUAAAAAGGAGAAUCAUUUGAGUUUCUAGAUGGAGAUUAACUAAAUAUUGAUUAAUUAUUCUUAACAUAAUUGAUUCAAAAUUUCAAUAAUUAAGGAGAAGAAAAAGUUUUAGUUUUAAGUAUUCUAGGUCCUCAAAGCUCUGGAAAAUCUACUAUUUUAAAUAAAAUAUUUGGUUGUCAUUUUUGGACUAGUGUAGGUCGAUGCACUAAAGGAAUUUAUUUAUAAUUAUUGAAAAUUCAUAAUACAGAAUAUUUUGACAAUUUAUUUGAUUAUUUGAUCAUCUUAGAUACAGAAGGUCUUUAAAGUCCAAAUUAAGAGGAUCCAGAAUUUGAUAAAAGAAUUGCAUUAUUUGUAUUAUCAAUUAGUAACAUCAUAAUAGUAAAUGUUAAAGGGGAUAUAACUAUUCAAUUCAGAUCAUUAAUUGAAAUGUGUAUGUUUACGUUGGGAUAAAUGAAAAGCUUCACAAACAAAAAAUAAAUUACUUGGUGUUUUAAUUAAAAUAAUGAUGUUAAUAAUUAAGCUCCAUUUUUAGCUUAAUUAUAAUAAAUAGCAACUAAUUUGAAUAAAGAAUACAAUAAUAAUUAAGAAUCUGAUGAGAUUGUUGAUUAUAAUGAGACACUUGGGAUAACAACAGAAAAUAUUUCUAUCCUAGGAUUUGCCUCGAUUGAAAAACUUUGGAAAAAGAAUGAAAAUAAUGGUAUAUAUUCUAAUUGGAGAUAAUUAAUAAUAAAUGGAACAUUUUCAGAAGAAGCAUAUUAAUAUGCAAUUUCUGUUAUUAAAGCAUAUGUUGAAAAAUGUAAAAAUUCAAAAUCUAAUAAUUAAGAAUUAACUGUUCAAAUGGAAGAUUUAAAGUGUUUUAUUUAAAAAAUUGACACUAAUUGGAGAAGUAUAUCAAACUUACCAGAUUUAUUAGAAUUUUCAGAAUUAAUUUAGCAUUAAUAAAAUGAAUAUACUAGACAGUAUAUUGAUUAAAUUACAAGAAACUCAAAUUUCCCUGACAAAAUUUCAUAUAUUUUAAAAAUUCGUUAAUAAAUCGAAUAAAAAAAUCAAAGGAUAUCUAAAAUAAUUUUAGAUGAAAUUCGUUCUGAGUAAGUGACAAUGAUGAAAGCAGAAUUUGAUAGAAUCAAAUCUUAAUUGAAUGAAAAACUAUUGUCAUUUAAAAAUGAGAAGUAGAUCUCAAAAAAAGUCUAUAUUAAAUAUUAAAAUAUCAUUAAAGAUAGAAUAACUAGUGAAAUUUCUGCAUAUCAUUUAUAAAUUAACUCUGAAAUUAAGGCUUAAGAAGCAAUAUUAUAUAAAAAAAAAGGCUUUAAUAAAAUUUAUAAAUUUAUUGAAAAUUUAAAUCAGAAUGAAAAUGAAUUAAAAUAGUACAAAGAUAAUGAAAGUUUACUUAAUAAAUCCUUUAAUUAAUUAUGGAAUGAAAUCGAAAAGGAACAUUCUUAGGAAUAAGAAAAAAUGUUUACAGAAUAUUGUGAUAGUAUAUUUAAAGUAAUUUAAGCAGAAUUUAAAAAAUAUCUCUUAAAAUCCUAGGAAUAAUAUAAAGAGGAUUUUAUGAUCAAACUUAUUAAAUAAAAGCCUGAGCAAUAGGAGUUUCUGCAAUAAUUAAGCAUUAUGUAAUCAUAACUGGAUUAAAUUUAAUUUAUAAGUUUAGAAUAAUCUUAAAAGACUUAUUAAUAUAAUGAGAACUUUGCACUAACUAUCUCCCAAAAGGUGAAGGCUAUGAAUUAAGAAAACUCAAUUUUGUAGAUCAGCAAUUUUUAUAGAUGGAAAUUAACCUUUUUCUAUCUAAAAAAAAAAGAUCUGGAAGAAUAUAUGAAAGAUAAAUUUAUUGAGGAAUUGAAAAAUUAUGUCAAGAAAGAUUAGACUAAAUAAUAAAAAAAAGCAAUAAAAGAAUUUUUAGACUUUUUUAUAAUUUUUUAAUACCAAAUUACAGAAGAAAACUUAGACAAACUUGAUAAAGGAUUUAAAUUUAUUAAUAGUAAAUCUUUAUUAGAAUUAUUAGCAAAAGAUGAUAGUCUGGAUGUAUGUAGAGAAUAAUUCGAAAUAUCUUUAAAAUUCUUUCAAAAAAAUUGCAACCAAUUGAUGAAAAAUUAGCAAUAUCAGGACGAAAUUUUUCCAAUAACAAGCAAUUUUGAUUUUAAUGUAUUUAAGACCAAACAUUUUUAAAAUAAUAAAUACUUACUUAAGGUUAUAGAAGAAGUGGUACCUGAUUUUAAUGUAUAAAAUAAGGAUUUUUUUAAUUUUAUUGAUAAGAAAAAUGAUUUAAAGAGUAAGUCAGUUUUUAAAAAUUAAAUUGUAAAUAUUAUCACUGAACUCAUGAAUGAAACUAAAGGUUGGAAUAAAAUGUAUGGUCAAGUCCAUUUGUUAAUAUUAUAAGAAAUUACAAAUGAUAAUAGUAAUGUUAUGUAAAGUUAAAUUAAUGAUAUCACAAAAAUUCCUUAAUAUACUCCUUUUUUGAUUACAAGGAUAAUGGAAAAAAUUAAAUUAAAAAUAAAAGAAUUUAAUCAGAAUUUUUCAUAUUUUGGAGUAAUGUUAAAUGAUUUAGGCGAAAGAUGUGUAUGUAAUUUUGCAAUUUUUGCGAUUUGGAGAUUGUUCUGUUUUGGUGAAUGGUAAUCAACUUAAAUCAGUAUUGAAGAAUUAUAAUCAUAGAAAGAUGAAUAAUUUAAAAAAUUUUCAGCUGACGUUCUACAAAACAAAUAAUAAUAAAGUAAAAUUAGUGGAGUAACACUUGCCAAUAAUAUUAUUAACUUUGCUAUUGAGAUAUUUUAUUUAAAAUAUGGAGUAGAAUCUUCUAAAAUAUUUGAAAAGUAUAAGUCAGAAUCAUGCUAUGAUGUUAUUAAACAAUUAGAUAGUGAUAUUCUAGAAAGUAAAGAUAUUAAAGUAAAUAAUGAUGAAAUAUUUAAAUACAUAAGUAAUUAAACAGAAUAUUUAGAAAAUCAUAUAAAGAAAAAAGUAUAAAAUAUUAAGAUAGAAUUAUAAAAUAAAAUUAUUUAAUAAUUACAACGAGAUCUCAAGUAUCAUUUAGAAAAAGUUGAAGCAAAUACUAAAUAUUUAUACGAUUGCACAAUUGAUUUCACCUAAGCAGAAGGGUAUUUCAUUGGGUUAAAUAAUUCUAAAGAAGCUCCAACUCUUUUAUUUAAAAUAGUUUUGAAUUGUCUUUCUGGUAAAGAAUCAACAGAAUAUUCCUCUAUGAUUCCUAAAGACAAAUAAGAUGCAUUUUCUACUACAAACUACCAUAAAUUUGAUUAAUUAACUUCAGCACUACAAAAUUAAGAUGGAGAAAUAUAAAUUUUGUUACACUUUAUAAGAGGUUUUAAAGAUAGAAUUAGAGAACAAAUUACUAAUAUUGAUAAACUUACAGUUGAUAUUGCUAAAUUAGAUAUUUAAGAUGCUAUAGAGAAGAUAAAGCUAACACAAAUAGGAUGUUUAGAGGUAUGUCCAAUGUGCAAAAGAAAGUGUGAUUCAGAUAUUGAAGAUAACAACCAUAUACAUUAAUGUAAAAAUGGUCACCAACUUAGAGGUAUUAUUUUAAAUUUAAAUACAUAGGUAUGGCAGGAGUUUUAAUUGGAUUUCAUCCAUCAUUAUACACAUGUGAAGAAAUCUAAGAUGAUUAUUAAAUUUAGGAGUUGGAAAAUAAUUCAACCAAAACUUGGAGUUAAAUUAAAUAGAUUUAUCAUACAUGGUAAUUUAAAUGUCUUUAAAAAGAAUAAUAAUAGUUAUUGAAAGAAAAAUAUAUGAAAAUUUGGAAUAAUGAUAUCGGAAAAAUGAUCUGCAUAUAAUUAAGUAAAAAAUUAGGAAAUGAGGUAUAUUAUACUCCAAAGCAAGAGGUUGAGUUAUCUAAGCACCAAAAUUAUGUUGGCGCUUCUCAUUUUAUCUUGAUAUUAGAUGAUUCAGGAUCAAUGUAAGGAGAAAAAUUUAAUUCAGCAAAAACUGGAUUAAUAUCUUUUUUAUAUGAAAUAUCCCAUAAUGCUCAAUCUAGAGUAACCAUUAUAAUUUUUAAUUCUUCAGCAAGAUGUGUUGUUGACUAUGAAUAACCAAGCCCUUCUAAAUAAGAACAAUAUAUAAAGUAUAUGGGAGGCGGCACAGACUUCAAUUAAGCAUUUUUAUUAGCUUAUUAAAAGAUUUCAAAUAAUAACAACUAUCAUAAUUUUGAAUCGUAUAUAUAUUAACUAUAUUUAGAUUAUCAAUAUUUUUUUAUACAGAUGGAGCCGCGCCUUUUCCAGGAAAAGCUAUUGGAGAGUUUUAGAAGCUUCCUUCUGAUUUGAAAUCAAAAUUAAAAAUUAUUGCUUGCACAGAAGAAAAAGAGCAAUUAGAAUCAUUAGAAAAAAUUGUGGAAUUCUUUUAAAAGGAAUGUUAAAGUGGUUAGCUAAACCCUUCUAUGAAACCUAUAUAAAUUGGAAAAGUCUGGAUUGAAUCAAUAAGUAAUAAGACUCAUUAGAUUAAAAAGUGUUGA